AUGGCUGACCGAAGAGACCCAACUGACGGUACGCGAGCUAAGCGCCAAAAGAUGGACGCCGGUGACCCCAAGGACAACCCUUACCUCGCCCACAUGUACGAGAACAGCAAUGGCGACGUGAACAACUCGUCCCUGGCCAAGUUCAAGCGCCACCAGACAACGGCGGCAAUGGCCAAGAAGGUUGAAGAUGGCGAGAUCAACCCCUUCAACGGUCGGCCCUUUUCCAGCAAAUAUGUCUCUAUCCUGCACGGUCGACGCGAUCUCCCCGUGCAUCAGCAGCGUGAUGAGUUCCUGCAACUCUACCAACAGUCUCAGAUUCUGGUAUUCGUUGGUGAGACCGGUUCUGGAAAGACAACACAGAUUCCCCAAUUCGUCUUGUUCGAUGACCUCCCCCAGACUCAGCGCAAGAUGAUCGCUUGUACCCAGCCCCGUCGUGUGGCUGCCAUGUCCGUCGCUCAGCGUGUCGCAGAGGAAAUGGACGUCAAGCUUGGAGAAGAAGUUGGUUACAGCAUUCGUUUCGAGGAUAUGACAAGCCCCAAGACCAUCCUGAAGUACAUGACUGAUGGUAUGCUUUUGCGAGAGGCCAUGAGUGACCACAACCUCACUCGCUACAGCACCAUCAUUCUUGACGAGGCGCACGAGAGAACUAUGGCCACUGAUGUUCUGAUGGGUCUUCUGAAGGAGGUUGUCGUACGUCGCCCAGACCUGAAGAUCAUUAUCAUGUCCGCCACUCUGGAUGCCCAAAAGUUCCAGCGUUACUUCAUGGAUGCGCCACUCCUUGCUGUUCCCGGUCGUACGCACCCCGUUGAAGUUUUCUAUACACCCGAGCCCGAGCAGGAUUAUGUCGAGGCUGCGAUUCGAACCGUCCUACAGAUUCAUGCUACGGAGGAUGAAGGAGAUAUUUUGGUGUUCUUGACUGGUGAAGAAGAGAUUGAAGAUGCUUCGCGCAAAAUUUAUAUGGAGGCAGAAGAGAUGGUACGAGAGGCCGAUGCAGGUCCACUCAAGGUUUACCCGCUGUACGGUUCUCUUCCUCCCCACAUGCAACAGCGCAUCUUCGAGCCUGCGCCACCUCCUCGUCGCCCCGGCGGUCGACCUGGACGCAAGGUCAUUAUCUCCACCAAUAUCGCCGAAACAUCCCUGACCAUUGAUGGUAUCGUCUACGUCGUGGACCCAGGAUUCUCCAAGCAGAAGAUCUACAACCCGCGCAUCCGUGUCGAGUCCCUUUUGGUCUCGCCUAUCUCCAAGGCCUCUGCGCAACAGAGAGCUGGUCGUGCCGGUCGUACCCGCCCUGGAAAGUGCUUCCGUCUUUACACUGAGGACGCUUUCAAGAAGGAGUUGAUUGAGUCAACCUACCCUGAGAUUCUCCGUUCCAACUUGUCAUCCACGGUGUUAGAGCUGAAGAAGCUGGGCAUUGACGAUCUUGUCCACUUUGAUCUGAUGGAUCCUCCUGCGCCAGAGACUCUCAUGCGAGCCCUCGAGGAGCUGAACUAUUUGGCCUGUCUAGACGACGAUGGUAAUUUAACUCAGCUCGGCCGCCUAGCUUCUGACUUCCCUCUCGACCCAGCUCUCGCUGUCAUGCUUAUCAGCUCGCCGGAAUUCUACUGCUCCAACGAAAUUCUCUCCAUCACAGCCUUGCUUUCCGUACCGCAAUUGUUUGUCCGCCCGGCUUCUCAGCGUAAGCGCGCCGACGAGAUGAAGAACCUUUUCUCUCACCAGGACGGUGAUCAGUUGACCCUGCUGAACGUCUACCACGCCUUCAAGAGCCCUGAGGCGCAGGCCAACCCCAAGCAGUGGUGUCACGACCACUUCCUUAACCUGCGAUCGCUCCAGUCAGCCGACAACGUCCGCAAGCAACUUCUCCGCAUCAUGGAGCGCGAGGAAAUCGAGAUGAUCUCCACUCCCUUCGACGACAAGAAGUACUACGAGAACAUUCGUCGCGCUCUCUGCGCCGGCUUCUUCAUGCAAGUUGCCAAGAAGGACGCCCAGGCAAGAGCUGUCCUCCUGCACCCGUCCACAGUGCUGGCUCACGACGCGGAAUGGGUCCUUUACAACGAAUUCGUCCUUACCACGAAGAAUUAUAUCCGUACCGUGACAGCAGUCAAGCCCGAGUGGCUCUUGGACAUUGCUCCCACAUACUACGAUAUUGAGUCCUUCCCAAAGGGAGAUAUCCGCUCGGCCCUCAUGCGCGCGUCGGAACGACUUGCUCGCAAGGAGAAGAUGCGCGCCGAGAAGCGCCGCUAG